UGCCUCUAAAGUAACGCAUUUGCUCUCAGUCUUCGCUCCGCUCUCAGGAAAUGUCGGAUGAUCGAGAAGAAGGCCGUAAAGCAAUGGAUGAUAAGGACGCAGAAGAGGAGAAGGACGCAGAAGACGAGGCUUCUUCUUCGUCGUCGUCCUCCGAGUCGGAGUACGAUUCUGAGUACGAUGACGAGGGAGAAUACGAUGAUGAAUACUCGUCGUCCGAUGAAAAGGAUAACUCACCGGAGAAUAACUUCCGGCGAUUCUCCGAGGCUCUUGAUAACAGCACCAACAAGAAGCUGGAGGAGGAGGAGGAGAAUAGUUACCGCGAGCCCGAGGAGUUGUUCAAUUUCCCUAGGGACCCUGAGAAUUGGAGGGAGGAGGAUCUUAGGGAGCUUUGGGCCGACGCCCCCAGGGGGAUUGCGAAGACCGGCUGGGAUCCUGUUUGGGCGGAGGAAGACGAUUGGGAGGCCAUCAAUCAGGCGAGUAAGGAGGGGAGGAAUCCGGUCAUUGCACCGUUCUACGUUCCUUAUCGCAAGCCUUUCCCAGUGAUUCCUGACAACCACCACGAUAUCUCUAAUCCGAAGUCCGUGAUCGAGGAGCUUGAUAGGAUUGAGGAGUUUCUCAAGUGGGCCAGCUUUGUGUUUGCCGAUGGAAGCACGUAUGAAGGAACUGUUUGGGAUGACUGUGCCCAUGGAAAAGGUGUUUAUGUUGCCGAGCAAGGACUUGUCAGGUAUGAAGGAGAGUGGCUUCGGAAUGAAAUGGAGGGCCACGGUGUUGUAGAAGUUGAUAUUCCUGAUGUGCAACCUGUGCCGGGAUCAAUUUUGGAAGCCAAAAUGCGUGAAGAAGGUAGAAUAAUAACAAGAGAUUUUAUGACGCCAGAAGAUAGAAGAUGGUUAGAAAUGGACAUAGAGGACACACUUCAUCUGGUUGGUGGUAACAGGGAAAUUCCAUUCUAUGAAAAUGAUGAAUGGGUAAAGGUUUUUGGUGAAAAGCCAGAGAAAGGCCGGUAUCGGUAUGCAGGCCAAUGGAAGCAUAGCCGAAUGCAUGGCUGUGGAGUAUUUGAAGUAAAUGAGCGUAUAAUAUAUGGAAGGUUCUACUUUGGAAAGCAUUUAGAGGAUUCUUCUGGCUGUGAUAGUGAUGUGUCGGCAUUGCAUGCAGGAAUUGCAGAAGUAGCUGCAGCAAAGGCACGGAUGUUUGUCAACAAGCCUGAUGGGAUGGUCAGGGAAGAGCGAGGCCCCUAUGGUGAUCCUCAACAUCCGUAUUUCUAUGAAGAAGAUGAUGUGUGGAUGGCCCCUGGAUUCAUUAACCAAUUUUAUGAAGUUCCUGAUUACUGGAAGACCUAUGUUGAAGAGGUUGAUCAGGAAAGAGAAAUGUGGCUAAACUCUUUCUAUAAAGCUCCAUUAAGGAUUCCAAUGCCUGCUGAGCUUGAAUAUUGGUGGUCUAAAGAUCCUGACAAUCCUGAAUUCAUUCUCAUCAAUGAUGAACCAGAGCCGGAUCCUGAAAACCCUUCAAGACUCGUAUAUAAAGACGCUCCUCUCAUUCUCCACACUCCAACGGGCAGGCUCAUCAAUUAUGUUGAGGAUGAGGAGCAUGGCUUACGAUUAUUCUGGCAGCCAGAUCUAGAAGAAGGAGAGGAUAUUGACCUUAACAAAGUAGAUUUCUUACCACUUGGCUUCGAUGAGUUUUAUGGGCGAUCUCCAUCUGGUGAAAAGAAGCAGACUGGCUUGGCAAAAUUGAUUACAUCUGCGGAGAAUGCUCUCAAACCUGUUUUUGAGAGAUUGGAUGCGUGGAUUGAGGAGAAGAAGAAAACCAGUGAGAUGAAGCAGAAGCUUAUUGAAAAGGAGCUCGAGUAUAUCGAGGCUGAAAUUUGCCUUGAAGAGGCAAUGGAAGAUUUGGAAAUGGAUUUGAAGAUGAAGCAGGAAGAGGAAGAAAGAAAGGCUGCUGAGGGUAAUGAGAAAGGGGAGUCUCCUGAGGCUGGGCAGGAUGAAGGAGGAUAUGGGGAUGGGGAAAAUGAAGAAGAAGCUGCACCUACGAGUUUCGGUUCAGUGAGUGAUCGACAAAUAGAUGGGGAAGAAAAGUCAGAGAGGUCUUCUUUCUCUUCUCUGACAAUGUCAUUUGGUUCCCUUCGCUGGCCUUCAGUGUUGCCGGCCAAAUUACAAGAAUCUUUAGCUGUGUGGAAAAAACCAAGACACCUGGUGUCUCCACAUCCAUCUUAUCCUAGGAACUUCUGCAAUUCACAGAGUCAAAAUGAAUCACUGAGUCACAACUCAGUGAAGAUGCCGAUAAAUUCUCGGCCAAAGCUUAUUUUGAGAGCGGUACAUGAAGGAAGGCGUGUCUACAGCACUAGCAAACGCCACUGCCGACCGAUCUCUUCAGCUCGGCUUCUUUCAUCUCGAAAAUCUUCCAGCGGUUCAAAGACGAACUCAGUCCACAGUAAAAUAGCAGGAUUUGGUAAUGAUAUUAACAUACUUUCUCUGCAUGUACCACUUCCUGAUGCCACUAUUAUUCAUUAACAUAUUGUUUAGUAUGUCUUUGUUUUUAUUUCUGUUAUUUUCUGAACAAUAAUACAUUUUAGUUUCUUUAAA